AUGGCUGCAGGAAGCCAAAGGACACGAAAAGCCUUUGCCUUCUGGACCCUCGUGGGCAGGAGACAGACUCACGCUGCAGCUGGGAGCCGCCUGAAAGCGGAGUACGACGCAGUGGUGAUAGGAGCAGGACACAACGGGCUGGUGGCCGCGGCAUAUCUGCAGAGAUGGGGGGUGAAAACAGCUGUCUUCGAGAAACGUCACUUGAUUGGAGGGGCCGCUGUCACCGAGGAGAUCAUCCCAGGGUUCAAGUUUUCUCGUGCCUCCUACCUCCUCAGCCUGCUGAGGCCUCAGAUUUACACAGACCUAGAACUGAAGAAACACGGACUGCGGGUGCACCUUCGGAAUCCCUACUCCUUCACUCCAAUGCUGGAAGAGGGAGUCACGGGGAAAGGUCCCAGGUCCCUUUUACUGGGCAUGGAUAUGGCCGAAAACCAGCAGCAGAUCGCCAGAUUCUCCCAGAAGGAUGCCCAGGCCUUCCCAGAAUAUGAGAAGUUCAUGCAACGCUUGGCAUCCGCCAUUGAGCCAUUGUUGGAUGCCCCUCCGGUGGACCCAGCUGCCUUCAGUCGGGGCUCCCUCCUGCAGAGACUGGGGUCCCUCCGCACUCUCAAACCCUUGCUACAGGCAGGCUUCAUCUUAGGAUCCCAGCUUCCACAGUAUUACCAAGUCCUCACUGCCCCAAUUACCAAGGUGUUGGAUCACUGGUUUGAGUCCGAGCCCCUGAAAGCGACUCUGGCGACCGACGCUGUGAUUGGAGCCAUGACAAGCCCCCAUACUCCUGGUAGUGGGUACGUGCUGCUACACCAUGUGAUGGGAAGCCUGGAGGGGCAGAAGGGGGCCUGGGGAUAUGUAGAAGGAGGCAUGGGGGCGGUUUCUCAGGCCAUCGCGAACUCAGCUGCAGCCCACGGAGCUGACAUCUUCACAGAAAAGCCAGUUGUCCAGGUGCAGGUGAGCAGUACUGGGCAGGCGCGGGGAGUCCUGUUGCAAGAUGGCACUGAAGUGAGGAGCAAACUGGUCCUGUCCAACGCUUCUCCCCAAAUCACCUUCCUGAAGCUCACGGCACCGGAGCAGCUCCCAGAAGAGUUCAUCAAGAGGAUUUCUGAGUUUGAUUCCCAGUCACCUGUAACCAAGAUCAACGUGGCGGUGAAUCAGCUGCCCAACUUCCUGGCCGCCCCCAAUUCCCCUGAUGGUCUGCCACUGCCCCAUCACCAGUGCUCCAUCCACUUGAACUGUGAAGACACCCGGCUUCUCCACCAGGCCUUCGAGGAAGCCACCAAAGGGAUUCCUUCCCUCAGGCCUAUGAUUGAGCUCUGCAUCCCCUCAUCACUGGACCCCACCUUGGCUCCUCGUGGCUGCCAUGUCAUUUCUCUCUUCGCUCAGUACACCCCAUACACUCCGUCAGAAGGGAAGACUUGGAACGAGCAAGAGAAGAACGCUUACGCCGACAGAGUGUUCGACUGCAUUGAGGCCUACGCCCCGGGCUUCAAGGCGUCGGUGAUUGGCAGAGACAUCCUGACUCCACCGGAUUUGGAGAGGCUCUUCGGGCUACCUGGAGGGAAUAUUUUCCACGGAGCAAUGACGCUGGAUCAGCUGUACUUUGCCCGCCCGGUACCCUCGUACUCCAACUACCACUCUCCAGUCCCGGGCUUGUAUCUCUGCGGCAGCGGGGCUCACCCUGGCGGCGGUGUGAUGGGGGCAGCCGGACGCAACGCCGCUCAUGUGGCCUUGGAGGAUUUCAAGCGCAUGUGACUCAGUGGAAAUAACCCGGGCUUUGGAGUCCGAGGUCAUGGGUUCAAAUCCCGCCUCCGCCACU